AUGUAUCUUACUCAUAAUUCCACCAAUGUUGCGGUUAGAAAUGAAAGGCGACUGUUGACUAGUCUCGCUUUAGAUGUGAGCCGCAGAGUGAAAAAUGGAAUGCAGAUAAUUAUGGAAAUGUGGCAGAUUAAGUUCUAUAAACAGGACGUACCACGGUGUCAUCAUUCAGGAAAUUUCAUUUAUGAAGUUACAUUUUGCUACAAAUAUUAUGAGAAAAGAGAUGAACGUUCCGUUAGGGAUUACGAAUUAAAUGAAUAUUUGAUCGAUGGUACUUUAGACGAAAAUCUCCAGAUGAUGGACGAGUUAUCUUCCAGGUAA